CAGAAAACAGCAAAGAAGAUACUCAUAGCACAGUGCACAGGAUUACAUUUUUUAACCGUGUACAAUGAGGAAACCUGAAGAUUUCGAGGGAAAAUCAGGGAACUCUUGUCUAGGAAAUACGUAUGCAAACAUGAACGAUCUCAAGGCCCAGAUGUCAGGGAAUAAUCCAGAGGCCAAAGCUGUCAAGAAUACACAAGAUCGGUUAACAUUGGUUCUGAUCAUUUUCUUAAUCUUGGUGUUCCUUAUUCUAGUUAUCUUCACAAGUCUUCUGUUUGUUUACUAUGAUAGGAUUGCAAAAGACAUCGCACAUCAGCUAAAUAAUGUAAAAGAAUGCACUUCACAGUUUGAAAACAAACUAGAACAGCAUAAAAAUGAAACAAAACCUUCCUGUGAGAGUGGAUGGCUAGAAUUUGAUGGUCAUUGUUACUUCUUCUCUCAUUUUCAACUGAGUUGGACGAGUGCUCAGAUGAUGUGCCUUAACAGAGGAAGUUAUCUGGUUAUAAUUACAAGCCAAGAGGAGCAGGAAUUCCUGAACCAGCAUAUUAAUAAGAAAACAUAUUGGAUUGGUUUGACAGAUGAGAAGACUGAAGGCACAUUUCAAUGGGUUGAUGGUACUUUGUUAAACUCACCACCAUCAUACCAGUUUUGGAACAAUAAAGAGCCAAAUGACUAUGAAAAAAAGGAAGACUGUGCUGAAUUGUCCAUUGCUGAAAAAUGGAAUGAUUCUCCGUGUGAUAAAAUCCAAUUUGCUAUCUGUGAGAAGAGGCCGAUAUGAGACUGGCUUCACGCAAACAUGAAGAAAUUACAGCCCAACUCAAGACAUUUUUCUUUUAGCUUUUAACAAAGUAGGCAACACCAAGAUCCUCUGCCAGAUCUUCCUGCGUUCCUUUUACUAAGAAUUCUAAUUUGUAACUGUUCUGUCUGAUUUUCCCAACAGGUAAAAAAAUGGACAGAGGUUCUAACUCUUACUUAUUCUAUGCAUAGCUCAACUCCUUUAAUCCUGCCAUCUGUAUGUAGGCAGGUGGUGAAACAGUUAAAUAAUGUUGCUGUGAUGUACUUCCUCCUGCCCAUGUGACUUCCUGUAUGGUCUAGCUGGGGGUUAUGAAGUCUGGAGCCAUCUGAUGGGGUUUGGGAAGUACACAGGAUAGGAUGUAGUCAGUGGAGGAUUGCUGUGUGAUGUACCCCUGAGUAGACAUGUGCAGAACAUAAAAUUUAGUUUAGUUUGGUUUCUGAUAGAUUUGUUAUGUUGCUAAUUUUGUUUUGUUAUAGAAUUUGUUUAGUUUGGUUUUGGAAUUUAUUUCUUUUUCGUUAGAAUUCCUUUGAUUUAUUAAUUGUCUAAUGAAUUCCAACUUUUCAGAACGAUUCAAAUUCGGAUCGGUUAAAAAGGCUGAGCUUCCCCACUGACAGAUGAAUUUA